UGGUACAUGGCGAGUUUUAUUUCAUCGUCGCGCGAUCCAGUGAUGAGUACGUGUUCGUAGCGGCCGCCCUUAGAUUACAAGUGAUAACGCGAAUUGCCACGUUGUUUCUUGACGUGUAAUAAGUGACGCGUAUGGGAAACGAAAUAAUAGAAGAUCGUUGGAAGAUUGACAACGACGAAGCACGAGAUUAGGAAGGAAAAACAACGAGCGUGAAUGGAAACCGGUAAAAAUAAGGGUGCGAUCGGUGUCAUCGAUGUUCGUGUUCAGAAACGAACGACAGAGGCCAAGAAAUAAAGCUGAUCCUCGCGUGGAUAUUCCAUCGAGCGAUACUGGUUUCGGAGCUGUCGACGGUCGACGAAUUUGAACGUAGUGAUUCCGCGUCCUUUGACAAUUCACCUGUUACAAGUGGACUCGCGGUGCAGUUUAACUCUCCCCUGCCUCCCCCACCACCCUGAUUGAUCGAUCUCUCGAACGCGUCGAUCGCGAGCUUCAAUACUAUUCGUAUGACGUCCUGCUGUCGGGUAUGAUUACGUCUCGAACGUGUCGAGAGGAAAAAGUGCACCGAGAAAGUAGCGACAAAGGUGUUUGUAAUUUAUAAGCCGGCAGAGUGCGCGUACCCGUCGGUUGCUACGGAAACAUUGUUUCUUGACAUCCCACGGUACACGAUUCUUUCGAGAGAUCGUUCUGAAUGUGAUCUUUUCCUUUCGAUUAUCUCUCAGCCAAUCAGACACGCUUCAUCACGAUUAUCAAACUUUUCGAUCGCGAUAGUGCUACCGAUUCUCGAACAUAGUGACGCGUUACGUCUCAACGUUCAUUUCGAAUUGAAUUCGAAUUGAAAGAAAGUGAAGGAUCGAGAAAAGUGUUACGUGAAAAAGACGAAAGGUUAAACGUAAGGAGAAAUACUAACAGAUGACGAUUUGUCGCGAUAUUUGUGUUUUGUAUACGUGAUAGCACUUCGGUUUGGUGAUAAACAACUGGUCAGGUGAUAUCUGUGCAAAACAAGGAUAUCGUCGAAGAAGUUUCGUGCUCAUUGGAAAUACGUACUUCUUAAAUGCAAGGUUAAAUGCGGGUAUCGAGCGUGCGAUCGAUUUAUGUUGAUAUUCGUUGUUCCACAGCGAACAUUUUCGAAUGUCGAUUUUACGAUACAUAACGAAGGUGUACUGUGCGUGUAAACUGUGAAGUGACUUAUUUUCUAGAACGAGGUAAAUAUACGCGUUCGGUGUGCGAGUGGAUGGACCAUUCUGUGUUUACAUACGUUCUAUCGUGUUCGGUGUGUUCAUCUAUGUUCCUGUAGCGGAUUCGUUCUAACCAUGAAGGAAUACGGAAUGAAACUGUCACCGAUGAGGCUGAUCCUGAUUUUCACCAUUUUUUCCACUGCGACCAUCGUUAAAGGCGAAGGAGGACAAUAUUUCCGAGUGAGGCCAAGAAAUAGUUCUGUCCUGGAAGGUGGUGAAGUGAUGAUACCCUGUGAGGUUGGGAACAGAGUUGGCAUUGUACAGUGGGUAAAGGAUGGCUUCGCUUACGUCAUACAACCGAGUGGAGAAAUCGUCGGGCACUCGCGAUUGAGACUGAUAGGUGAUCAAAACAACGGAAUCUACAAUCUGAAGAUCACAGACGCUUCUUUGACGGACGAUGGAGAAUAUCAGUGCCAAGUUGGACCAUAUUUGCGCAUUAAAUCGAUCCGUGCCAACGCUCAUCUCGUCGUCAUCUCACGACCGCAAAAAGUGGAGAUCAGCAACUAUCCGAACAAGAAGAAGAUCGAGGUGAAAGUUGGCGAGUCCCGUCGUUUGGAAUGCGUUGUUCGAUCGGCGAAACCAGCUGCCUCGAUCGUCUGGUAUCGUGGAAACGUUCAGAUCAAAGGAGGUGACACGAUGAUUACCCCGAUUUCUAUCGAGGGUGACAAAGAAGUACAGAAGCCUGGUGAGAACAAGAAGGAGCUGCUCAAAUACGACACUCAUGGUUCCAUCGUCAUUGUACCAACCGCUGACGACAAUGAUAUGGAUUAUACGUGCGAAGCAAAUCAUCCUGCCAUACCUAUCGACAUGCCCUUAAGGGAAACCAUUAAACUCUCCGUCUUUUAUCCACCCGGCGUGCCGGUUAUCGAAGGAUACACCGAGGGAGAGACUGUGAAACGUGGACAACAAUUGGAGCUAACCUGUCGAUCUCGAGGCGGAAAUCCGCCCGCGCAGAUCGUCUGGUACAGAAACAACGAACAGGUUAGGACCGUGUAUCGAACCGAGGGUAGCUUUUCUGAAAGCGUGUUAUCGCUCAUCGCGAAAGCUCAAGACAAUAACGCGAGGUACAGAUGCGAGGUGUCCAACAUUAUGAGCGUGGAGCCUAUGAAGGUGCACGCGGAUCUCACUGUGCUUUUCGCGCCAUCCGGAGUGACGAUCACGGGGCCCACGGAAGCAAAGGCGGACGAACAAGUGGUGAUCACCUGCACCACGGAGAACUCGAAUCCUCCGGCAGAUAUCAAAUGGACCGUGGAUGGUCACAAUUUCGAAAGCAACGCCUCUAGAACUGAGCCAGCUCCUCAAGGCGGCUGGAUCACUACCUCGAACGUAACUUUCAACAUAAAUCGGACGAGCCGCAAUAUCGUGGUGAUAUGCGACGCGUCUAAUGUCAAGCUGACCGAAAACGUCGUCAGAACGCACACCAUAACCGUGAUUUAUCCACCGUCGAGGCUUGUCAUCACGGGUUACGAAGAAGGGACGACGAUCGACGCUGGCACAGUGCUCAGAUUGAUGUGCACCGCCACUUCCGGAAAUCCACUCGCCACGUUGAGUUGGUACAAAAAUGAUAAAAAGAUACAGGGAACCACGAGAACGCGAGAUCACGCGGUUUCCAGCGAGCUAACGAUACUCGUAAACGCAUCCGACAAUAACGCGCGCAUACGAUGCGAAGCAGCGAAUUCCGCAACAGAAAUUCCUCUCCUCAAAAUGCUCGUCCUCAAAGUGAACUUUCCGCCUGAGAAAGUGAAGAUCAGCCGCGAGCCGCAGAAUCUGCACGCGGGCCAAGAGGGCCGUAUCAUUUGCGAAUCGAGCAGCAGUAAUCCGGCAGCGGAGAUGUCGUGGUGGAAGGGCGGUAUCCCCGUGCAGGGUACCAAAAAUGGCACUAAGCCCGGCUUACACGGUGGAUUUCUGUCGUUCGUUGAGCUCACGUUGGACGUUACGGAAGAAAUGAACGGAGAGGUGUACACGUGUCAGGCGAGAAACAAUCAAAUGGACAGGUCUAUUCACGAUGCCACCACUCUCGACGUAUUGUACAAGCCGAUAUUCUCCUCGAUCGAACCUUACGAAUUGAUUGGAAUGGAGGCCGAACCUUUCGUGAUUUCUGUUUCUGCUAUGGGAAAUCCUAAUGAGAUAAGAUAUACGUGGACUAGGGAUGGUUUACCAUUGGUCAGCAAUAGCAGAAGGAUAUCUGUUCGCGCUUCUACCUUAAAUAUCACUAAACUGGAUCGUCACGAUGCUGGUACUUAUAUUUGUGAAGCAAUUAACGAGGAGGGAACGACGUUCUAUCAAUUGAACUUAACUGUUCAAUACUCUGCAAAAAUUAAACGCACCUCGACGUCGGGGAUAGUGUAUCCUCCUGGAAUCGAAGCGAAAUUGUUCUGCGAAGUGGAUGGCAGCCCCAUAGGAGACGAAUAUGUCACAUGGCAGAAAGUUGGCUCCAACUCGGAGCUCUCUGGUCGAUAUUCUACCUCUUUUAUCAACAAAACUUCUUAUCUCCACAUCGAAAACCCUGAUCAGGAAGACGUCGGAGAAUAUCAGUGCAAAGUUAACAAUGGAAUCGGAAACGUUACCUCCGAACCUAUACUUUUCGUUACAAACUUUAAACCACAAAUGAUGAACACACCAUUGACGAGAAGAGCAGCAGCAAAUAAAGGGAUAAACGUGCAUUUGUACUGCAAAGCUCGAGGUUCCCCUUUGCCGCGAUUCUCCUGGACAUUUAAUGGAAAAACUUUACUACCUAAUGUUACAGAGCAUAAAUAUGGCAUUACCCACACUGACCUAAGCGAAUUAAUUUCCGAGUCGUCGCUGUCCAUUUUCCGCGUGACGUCGCACGAUUACGGGAAAUACGAGUGCCGUGCGAUGAACAAAAUGGGACAGUCGACGGAUAUCAUACACCUGGACGUGACGUCGCCGCCAGACAAGCCGACCGACCUCGAGGUCUAUAACGUCACCCAUGACUCCGUCACCCUGAUGUGGAAAAGAGGAUUCGAAGGCGGUUUGCCAACCUCCUAUCAGAUACGUUGGCGGCAAGCUCUCGACUAUGAGGAUCGAUAUCACUAUCUGGAUGUAUCACCGGGAGAAUAUAAAACCACGAUAACGGGAUUGUCCCUCGGGACUUACUAUGUGUUCAGCGUAAAAGCCAUUAACGAGAAGGGGGACAGCGGCUUCCUACCGGACCUUGUCAAAGUUCAGACGCUACGACCGAAUAACGCGGAGAACCUGCCGGACGUUCUCUUGGAAAAAGGGGAUUUUACAAUGAAUUAUAUCUAUACGUUCGCAGCAACCUCCCUCAUCUUUUUUAUCAUUAAUAUCUUCAUCGUCGUGUUGUGGUACUUUAUGAGAAAGCGAAAUAAAUCUCGAAUAAACAAAUCACAAACAGCGGAUAUGUACGCACCAUCGACCGUGAAUGGAGACACCAUGACCGGCGAGUUAAGUUCGGUUUCCGAUGAGAAGAGCGACGUUAACUUCGACACUAACGAUUACGUGGACGAAGGACGAAAAACCGCAGCUAGCACGUAUUUGAUAGAUCAAACUAUACAAGAUUUUGGGAAAGGGAACAUGGAGAUGCAGGUACAUCAUCAAGGAACUCUUGGUCGCCGCAGCAACCACAUUCAACCACCGAUGAGCAUGGAUUCUCCGCCACAGAGAACAACGGCCAGUGGUACACUUUCUGUUUCAAAAUCGAGUUACAUCGGAAACCCCAGUCCAGCGCCGCCGAACGACGUGAACUUUUACAGCGUGGAGAUCGACAAUGGCCGCUACAUGGGCUACGAAACGAAUCAUAGUCCGAUUCCGGUGGUUGGUGAACCAGGCUCGGGUAGUUAUUAUACAUCCAUGAGUCCGACCGGACAUAUGAUGUCGAGCCACAUGGGCAGCGGGACUAGCACGUUGACACGUAGCAGGACCUUACCACGUCCAGUCCCGCCGCCGGAUGUAACCGUGAUGACCGCUGGCUCAAAAUCACCGAUACCACCAUCGGUACCUCCACCACCUACCACUUUCGCUCGGUCGGUAUCCAGCAACGCGCACACUCAUGGCCACCCAUUAUCAACAUUCACCCCUACACCAGCUUAUUCUGAUAUCGAUGGCCAUCUUGUCUGAGGAUCACCGAUAUUCGGCCCUAGUUCGGUGCGUGGUAAAUACCGUGCUGUACCAAGGGACGAGACUAUCACCGUGACAGAAAGAACCACCCGGCUCUAAUACACAUCUCGACCUGUGGCUGUUGACCAUGGAACUACUUCGCGGAUUUUCAACCUCCGUUCAUCGUUCCCGGCGUCAUACUGAGCUACAUGUACUAUGAUUAUAUCGGUUCGAUAUCGUGCGAGGACCUUGAAUCGCAGAAUCUUUUUCGGCUACGUUUGUGUGCGAUCAUGAGUUUCGUGUGGGUGCUCCGACGACCUUUUCUCGUACAUAUUAUCCUCCUUGAACACGAAAGAAAGUAACAGAAGUAUGUAAAUAGGAAGAGAGAGAGAGAGAGAGAGAGGAACCGAGAUGUUGCGGUUUCUAUACGUAAUUUUUAAGAAGCACGCGGUAACGCCGUUGCAAGACGCAGUAAAUGCAUUCCUUACGCGCUGGUUUCGUUGGUUUUUCGCGGACACGAUUAUCGAAGAUACGUACUUCGAACUUGGAUCGUACUAUGGAUCGAUCGUACAAUUACGUUUUUCGCAUAUCACGUGUUAAGAAGAACGAUCGACGCCCGGUGAACAAGCACGCUGCAGUCGACUCGGAAGAUAUCUCCGUGACAUCACAGUUCUAGCAUGCUGUUAGUGGUUUCUUUAUUUUCUUCUUUUCAAUAUCCAUUUCCUUUUUCUCUGUUUUUAGUUUUAUGGCUUUUAGUCGCGCUUGUUCGUGCAGUUUUUUUACUUCUUUGUGACGACUUCGUAGUGAUACGUAAGAACGUUUUAAACGUGAACUAAAUGGAAAACGACGAACUUAUGGAUGGAAGAAACUCGACUGGAAGUGCUCGUUUCUUCACCGAAGAGGAUACAGAGGUACGCUACGGACUGUAUAGUCGGGUUAAGUUACGUUUUACUCGUUGGUACAUCAACUGGAUAUACUCAUGCGAUCCAACAGUAAAUUAGAAUACGUACAUUAGGAAGAGGAAAUGUACUAAUGAAACGAAAUAUCAGGGAACUUCACGAGCCGCAACAAUAUAUAACGACCUUUAGAUUCUUCUUUAAAGAAUACGUUAUAUUUACGAUAUAAUCAGUUUCACUUGUAUACUUCUUUUCUUUUUGUUAAAGAAAUUCAAAACACGAUGAAUGCUAGUUAUUUGUCAGUAAGAUAUCUUUCGAAAAAUAGCGCUUUUGAAAGUAAUCUCAAUUUAGAUCGAUAAUAUCAUCGAGGCCCUAUCAGAUUUCGCAUCAGUCGCAGCAUUAAUGAACACAGUAAUGCUACUUCAUUAUUGUAUAGCGACGUAAUUCGCAUAAUCUCUUCAAUUCCUUUCUUUCCAUCUUUUUUUUUUUUAUUUUUUAUAAAUAAGUCCGACCGCCCACAAUUUCGUUUUGAAAUUAGCCAACAAAACAUCGAUGCACUGGCGGACAGAUUCUUGUUUGAAAUUCUGAAGAGGAAGCGAGACAAUCGUUUUACACAGGGAAACAGUUGACGACGUUUGCAAUCGAUGUAUAGCAGUCCAACUGAUUUCCUUCUUCCCUUUCCCUCUUGCUCAUUACAAGACGCGUUCUCUGUGUUAACGGUGUGAACGGUUCAUACUCGAAGAGGAAAAAAUGGUGAUACGUGCGAUUAGCAGAAAAGCUAGUUACGAGAAAUGGAGUAGGCUACGUAUAGUCGAUGGAUGGAAACGCGUAAGUUUGAGGAACGAACUCAAAUUGCACGAUAAGUACUACAAUGCUAAGAGACGUUUAGGUAAGGGAAUUCUAAGACAAUGCACGAAAUGUACAAGUGAUUUCGCUUCGGCCUUCUCGAGCUUAUUAUACUUUGGCAGAUCGAUAUAUUGUUUGACACUUGAAUCGUUCAGAAGCCACGUUGAUGUACUCCGUAAAUUGAAAGGCGAUGAUGUUACAAACGCUACUUUGCCAAAUUUACCUAUUUAUAUGGUUUUCUUGCGAUGAAUGAACUUACGGAAAACGUUUGUUUCUUGAGAAUUGGAUAUUGAUCGUAUACUUAUAUAACAUAAUUAAGAAAUUUAUAAAAAGCGGAGUUGAUCAGUCUGGCUUUUGAGAGGCUCGCAUUUGAGACGCGAUUCACGCGCUUCUUUCGACUCUCGUGGUUAGGAGAGUGAUGCGAACGAAACUUUCUAUAAAACUCAAUUUUCCAAGAACAGACUCGACCCGAAAUCUGAACAACUGUUUCUUUCUCUUCGCGAGUAUCGUUUUCUGUAUACUACAGAAAAAUAUGUACAUACGAAAUGUGUUUUGCAUAUCGUAAGUUUUUUUAGAUCGCUCAUCUUAUUUUCGACUCGUAACUUGUUCUAUUUUUACGAACGUUAUCGAGUGAUCGUUUUACUUUUUCGAAUUGUGAAUUUUGAAGUACGUAGAAAUUGCGAUUUCUCACUGCCGAAUUCCUAAAGUCAAUAUUAAUACGAAUAGUUUAAUUGAUUGCAUUGUAUCGUGAAACACAUUUACGUAGGCGAUAUAUUGUACGCCACUAUUGUCAAGAGAAUUGGCGCGAAACAACAUGACGAAUACUACAAAACAAUUGACGCGUUAAUUCUAUUUCAUGCGUGCGAUGAAAAAGUUUUUCCUUUCUCCGAUGGAAAUAAUUGAUGUUUCGUUACGUUACAAUUACAAUUACAGCAUAAAUACGAACGAACAAUAAGCAGAAUAUUUAUAGUGUAAACGGUUUUCACGUGACAUCCAGCGAGUGCUAAUUUUGUUUUCUAUCUUGUUAUAUGUAGUUUUAUCAUUCUGGUACAUUUUGUAACAAAUGAACGAUUACUAACGAUUUAUUAUUACGCGACUGAAUUUAGAAAAAGAAUAUGCCAAAUAUUUACAAAUAUUAUUAGUUAUCGAUUAGCAGUGAUAUUUAUAAAGAUAGUUAGUAAGUAACUUUCUUUUUAACUACGAUAUUACGAUACGACGUCACUGCCAAAUUUUUAUUUCUGUGCCGCGAAAAAAUACGAAAGUGUUUUAUAUUUAAUUGAUAUGACAAUUAUUAUAUCACGUGAAAACGGUUGACUUGUUAUUGACAGAAAGGAAAAAGACAUGUUGCUAAAGACGGUAAUAACUUAAAAGCCAUCUAUAUAUUCUAUCCAGACGAAGGUAUAAUAUCGCAACGAAACGAUAUGAUAUUACUAAAAAAAAAAAAAAAAAAUUCUGAGAGGAAAUGUAAUCAACAUAAUCAGUGAAAUCUAUACACAACAGAAAUUUAAAGAAAGAGAAAAGAAGUAGGAAAGACAGACGAACAGGUAGAAAGCAAGGAAGUAAAAGUGAGUGUCUUGGAGUAGUGAUAUCUUCAAAAAAGACAAUAGUACAUAAGUUUAAUUAUACGAGUAUGAGUUUAGUUAAGAGUAAACUAUUUCCCUGGCACAGCCAAGUUAGAAGUUGCAUUUUUGCAUAAAAAAAGGUGGGGAUCUUUAUGCAAAACUAUAAGACAGAAAAAACGUAGUUCAACUAAAUGUUCAUAUAUAUAUAUUUUUGCAUUUGUUUCCAUUAAAAAUUGAUUAUCCUUGUAAAUAGUGCGAUAUGUCUCAGCGUUUCACACACUCCAGAAAAAAAACAAGUAAUUAAAGAAAAUGGAUCAUAUGAGGGUCUCACUUUACCUAAGCUAUAAUGAAGUAUUGUAUAGGAUUAUUACACGCUAGGCCACGUAUUAUAUCUGAAAGAAAAGAAAAAAAAAGAGGAAGAAUUAUUCCAGUUAUCGGACGAGACAACGUCUUUCCGUUUAUCGAAAGCCUAAGUAGUCGACAUAUAUUUUUGAAAAGAAAGAAAAAAAAAGAGAUACAAAAAGACACUGCAUAUGUUUGGCCUAUUGUAAGAGAGAGAGAGAGAGAGAGAGAGAGAGAGUCUCGCGAACACACGAUGACGCGUGAAGCGCCACGAGUGACAAAAGCUCGUAUUAAAAAGUCGGUCAAUAAGGUAUAAGUUUCGUUCAAUUUCCAUGAAAGGAAGAUCGUUACGAUCGAUACGCGCCCAAUCGGAAUUUCUUCUAAUGAAUUCGAACAGUGAGAUAACGAAAGCAGGAAAAGAGAAAAGAUAAAAGAAAAGAACGUGAAUCGAUGUCGCUAUGUAUGAUCAUCGAGAGAUUACGUUGAGAAAACUACGCACGUCCCUGGUAACUGUCAUUCCGCUUCUAAUUUGGCUCGCGUAUCGUAUGGAUGUAAGUUAAGGAAUACGUAAUAAGUAAGGUUGCUCUACAGAUACGCAAUGACGCGGCGGCGCCACUCGCAUAUCCAAGCACAAACACGUUCGCGUGCACGCGCUACAUUGAAACUCGUGCCAAACCGCGCGAAAUUAAAUUAACACGAGAAUCGCUGCGUAGAAAGGCAUGUAUAUCCCGAGCAAUCAUACUUACGUCAGAGUCUCGAAACCGGAUCCAGCGUGAACGAUAGUUGUCGACAAUCAAUCGCAUCCUACGCUAUUUUCACUCUCCGUUCUACCGCGAUCAUCGAUCGAGCUAUCGAUUCGUGAAUUGGAUCGAUUUCGAGUUUCCUGUGGUGUCUCUGUGUAGGGUAUCCUUGAAUACGCACACGUAACAUAGGAAGGAAAACGAAAGAAUAAAUUUGCACAUGCAGCAAACAAGGAAGGAAAGAGAAAGAAACCGGAAGGGUGUCGUUCACAGAAUCGAUAUAUUGUAUACUUUUCUGCGCCGUUGUCAUGUGUGUUUUAUGCUUGAGAACUGUUUGAAAGUUUUACGAAUAAUAACGUUUUCGUAGCAUGCGCUAUUGUUAUUUCAUUAAUCGGGGAGGACACUGAUUUGUUACGGUAGAUUCUACAAAGCUUAAAGAAAAAAAAAAGAAACGUGUAUUGUUAACCGCUGCUGUUGUGUAUGGAGCCGCACCGUUCGGCUUAGACUGAUGAUAAAAUUCACGUAUGCUCAAUUAGAGAUCAUGUUUGCGCAUAAUUAAGAAUUCUAUUUACAUAUACAUGUUUUAUAUUUGUAAUUAACGAAAAUCAUCUAUACCUAAUAUUACCUGAUAUUAUUAGAUUAUGUAAUCUCCAAAGUAUUUGCUCAUCAAAGUGCUAGGCAUGUUAGACGGACCGAUAUUCGUCCAAAAUGGUACCUUGGAGAUGGACAUACCAUCUAACAGUACGAUAUUUGAUAUUUUACACAAUAAUUAAUAAUUCCGUUGAUUAUUCUAAGACAUAGUCAAUCCUAAUUAUACAAUCAUUAAGAUACGAGGAUAUAUAUAUAAAUUAACCGUUUUACAUGUAUAUAAUGUACAUAUACGAAACUUAGAUAGACAAGAAAACAAAAGGGAAAAAAUUGAAAAAGAAAUGAAAUGCAUAAACGAAUUAAAAUAUCAAAUUUAAGAAAAACGAUCGAGAGCUUUCGUAACUAGGUAAAUGUUCGUAUCGACUUUUGAUGUUUUUUCUUCGUAUUCGUUUUUUCUAUUCUUUCCUCUUUUAAAAGAAAGAUAUAACAUACAACGGAAAAAAAGACGAAUAUAAAAGAAAGAAGAAUGAUUCUCUCGCCGACGAUGCUAUUGCGAUUAUACUUACAUGUCGUUGAAUUUUAUAAUACGAGGGCGCUGCGCAGAAACGGCAUGAAGUUGCGACGAAACUCGCGAGUUUACAAUAAAUCGCCGAAAGUGACGUGACGAAUUUUACCGUAACGAACUUAUCCGUUCCAAAUUACCAUUUCCACACAAGAGGCGAAGACUGGUUUAUAAAAUACACGAGCCGUUUUUUGUCAUAUUUUAAUGCUGUUCGGACGACUCGAUUUUAUAUUCGAUUUCGGAUUUAUUAUUCGUUAGAACGAAACACGAAAAACAUUCAAUUACGAUAUUCUUCAAUCUCGAUAAUCGAUUGUUGCGUUUCAUUGCGAAUCGACAGGCGAGAAAUCUCGCGCUCGAAACAAAAAACGGGCGAUCGCUUUGAGAAACUUUUUCGAAUGUACUUUUUCAAAAUUUGCAUAGUUAUGUGAUAACUACCAAACGAGUAACGAAAUCAACAACUUUGAAUCUGUAAAGUAUUCGAUCGAAAUUUAUUUAAACGUUUGCUUUGUUACAAAUGAGAAUAAUAAGAAUCGAUACAAAAUUUAAAGGUUAAAAAAUCUCAAAGUAGGUUUCUUGCGCGUCCAAACAAAAGAAAGAGAAGAAUAUAUCGCGUAUAUCGAGCGAUACUGAUAAACGAUAUAUCGUUAAGCGUAUCAUCAGAUAUAUGUUGCUUCCGUUUGUGUGCCAAUAAAGAAAAAUCGACAUUCUUGAUGUAUAAAUAUAUGAAACUUAAUGAGAACGAUAUUAUUGUUACGCGGGCCGCCGAUACGGCUAAUUUUUUCUGAUCAGAAUUUACGAUGCAAUGUCAUUCUUUGGAGCAAUCAUCGCUGUUCAUAAGUACAACCGAUUUAAAAAAAAAAAAGUAAUUACCGGAGAGGGGAAGAAGGAAUUCUCCGAUGAAAGAGAAAAUAAAGCGAAGAAAGAAUGGGAGGAAAAAGGAAAUCGUGUAAUAUAAACUAAGCUACCAAGCAACUGGUACGCAUUAAUUACUUGUAUAUAUACAUAGUAUUUUUACAUUCUAAUUCUAAAUUACAUUUCCAAUUCUAAACGGUAUAACAUUACUCUGUGAGCUUCGCUUGUCGUCUGUGUAUGUAUCAUCGAUAACGUUUCUGACGUUAAUUCGCCUUAAGGAAAAAUAUUCAUAGAUAAGCCGCGAACUGCGAACCUGGCAAUGCUCGACAAAUAUUAUUCCCCUCCUUGUGCUUGUUUCACUGCACCCUCUGCACAAGAUUCAAUAACACACGCCUCGUGCCUUCAUCGCACUUAAAUUAAUUAGAAUGUGUAAUAUUAUGGUCGCGCGUGUAAUAUUCCUAAACGUGAUAUAUUCGCGGGAUAUAUCGUUCGCUAUUCUCUGGAAUAUACUUCAAUAAAUUUCGCGAUUCUCUUAUGACUGCAUCAACUUGUACAAUACACCGUGUUUAACCCAUUCAGUACGAAACAAUGAAAUAAUGCGUGUAAAACACGUAAGCGCAAUAUUAUUGCACAGUAACAAAUUUGAAACUCUGAAAAUUCGAACGUCUUGAAAAUUUGAAAAUAAAAUGUUACGUUAAUGCAACGUUGGUCCUUAAUGGGUUAACAUCGAAUGAUUCAGACUACUGUAUAAUUCAUUUCAUUUUAUUUAAAAUAACAGUUUGAAAGAUCUUGAUUGAGAGGCUGUUUUCGUUCAUAACAUAUCCGCGAAUAUUUUCGAAUAUAUACGUGCAUCUCACGCGACCAUAAAUCAUAUAGGAUGGCAAGAAGAAUACUCGAUUGUGUACGUCGUAUUACGAUGUAUUCGAUGUUUAUACUCGUAAUUUAACUUCUAUUUAAGCUAUAUGCUCAUAGCGAAUGUGAUCGUAUCUCCCCGAAUAUAAUGUCACGGCGUAUAAAAGCGAAGAGCAACGCUCAUCGAAUAUACUUGGAUAAUCUUCGUACGCAUCUUUAAUCGUUAACUUAACACGAUAACAUCGUCUCUCGUGGCUUAACGUUAUCGAGCUUUGCCCCUUUUUUCCCCCUACAGGAGAAGGAACUUCGCCAGAAUUCGUCGUAUCGAUUCACUUUUUUUUUAUUUGCUUAUUCAUUUCUACACACAGAGACAGAGCGAAGCUCAACAUACUAGUCCUUACUUUAAAACCAAAGUAAAGAGAUAAAACACAAACAUUGUAUAGCUUUUAAGAAUCUCCAUUACGUAUUCACACCUGUGUGUCUAUACAGAGAAGGCAUAAUUAUAACUAAAUAAUUCAGUCAUCGUAACUAGGUAAAUGACUAACCGAUAAGCGAAUAGAUAAAGAAGAAGAUACAAUGUUAAGCCACUCGUUAAGUGUACUGUUUUAUUUUAAUUCAUUUUUUACUACACGAUUAAAAUUUUAUCUAGCAACCUUCGUCGGCUAGGAAUGUAAAUUCUGUAUCUGUACAUUGUUUUCCUAUUUCAACUAUUAAAAGUGAUCGUCAACUUAAA